AUGAAUGGAUAUUCCUAAUUCUUUUAAGCGACAUAUUUUGGUAGUUCAUCAAAUAAUGAAAAAAAUAACUUUUAUCCGCAUUAUAUGAUAGAAAUCAAAAAUAUUAUAUUUAAGAUGCUAACUUUAUUCAGAAUUUAAUCUUUUAAAUAUGUGAUUAUGAUAAUAUUUUUAAGCUGUAGACUGUAUCUGUAUUAAAUAAUUAUGCAAAAGGAUUUACAAAGAUUAAAAUUGUUAGAUAUUAAUAAAAACUAUAUGAUUUAAAAAAAAAAUAUAAUGAUAACAGAAUAUUUUAUUCCUUAUUUUGAAUGA